AUGUCGGCCGCCGUGAGAUUACGAGCUCUUGCUGCCAUCUCCUCCGGUCUUCUUCCUUCUUCCGGGAAGCUGUGGCAGCAGCAGCAGCUGCGAUGGGGAGAGAUAUGGCCAGUUCGAGGAUUUGGCUCUCUUGUGCCGCUGGAUAGAAGAGGGUGCCUGGGAAUCGAGGAGGUGGAGAAGGUCCUGAGCGACGUGAAGGCCGGCGACGUGAGGGUGAUACCCAUCGGAGGGCAGUGUGGAUGGACGGAUCACAUGGUGGUCGCCACAGGCAAGUCGGCCUGGCACGUACGGAACAUAGCCCAAGCCCUAGUGUACAAGGCAGGUUCCUCUUCCAAUCGUAUGUUUAUCUUCCGUUUCCCUUCCUCCUGUCGCAGUCCACACCGGUGAAUCUUCUUCGCAGCCAUCUAAUUCGUCCGGAGCUGCAUUCGUCAACUGAUGCUUCGCAGAUAAUUCCCGACAUGCUCUUUACUGUUCUUAUUGUGUAUUGUUGGUUCAAGCGUCCAUUCGUAUUGCAUCACCUCGAGAGCAUGUUUAUGGAGAAUUGGGGGGUCUUAGGCUAUCACUGGUUCACGAUUCUACCGGCACUGAUGGCUGCUCUACCAUGCGAAAACAGGCGAAACAGAAGCAGAAAGGGGCUAAUCGGAUGCUGCUUCCCAGCAUAGAAGGUCAUCAAGGAGGGAACUGGAUUGUUGUCGAUGAUGGUGAGCUUCUGAUCCCCUGAUCCCUACUCAUCGGACAACGUUUUUUGGCUUAAAUCGGGUAGACUUGCACCAUUCCUCAAUGCUACUUUUAGAAUAUGCUGUUAGAUUCUCGUUUCUUCUGCGAUUUCCCAUGAAAGAAACUGAAGAUCUUUUUCUUUUUGUGAUCGGCGGUGAUGGUGCAAUUAUUUAGAUCGCGUGAGCUGUCGCAUAUAAGAUGAUUCGUCGUGGAAUGAAAUUAAUUGGCGAUCGUUCAUGAACUGACGCUGGCAUCAGAUAUGGGUAUCAUGACCCUCUCAUCAUUCAUGAGGGAACAAGAACAGGGGAUUGGGCAUUCAGAAAGGAUAUAUGAAUUGUUGACUCUCAUACUGAUAUUUUGAGAUACCUUAUAAAAUUAUCGAUAUUUCUUUCCUACUGCUCUUGUUCUGAGUCUCCUCGAAUAUUUUCUACUAUUUUUUCUCAGUCAUGUAAAAUAUUUUGAUUUUUUUUUUUUACUCCUUUUAUCAGCUUCUUAGAUCUACAUGAUGUUGUUCUCAAUGUUGUUGAAUAUUUUUAUUUAUUUAUUUUUCUCAAUCCUGUAUAACCCUUGUGAAAUUGUUUAAGAUGAUGUUGUUGUCGUCCAUGUGAAACCAGGCUCUGUGGUUGUCCAUGCUCUAGAUGAGAAGGCAAGAUCGUAUUACAAGCUGGAAAAUCUCUGGACAGAAGAGAAAACUCCCGAGGGCCCUAAUCAGGUGAAUUCGCUGAGCACACGCUUAGCUCUUCCAGACAACAUGCUUUUGUCCUUAGUAUCUCUUCCACCUCCGGAUUUUGUCAGCCUCUGCCUCUUCUUCUCCGAUAUUUUUUUACACCCACUACAACCACGCAAGCAGCAGGAAGAUCUUUCCAAAUUUGGUAAAUCAUUUUCAGGCUAUUAUAGGUUAUUAUAUUCUCAUGGAAAUGAUUGAAACGAGAUCAAAUUAGGGCACGAUUGAAAUGAUUGAAAACCCAUUAUGUGUUCUAUGUGGGCCUUCAUUCUGUUGGAAAAAUUUAUGUAAUGAGCAGGGAAGAGAGCCAGCGUCAUGCCGAAAAAGGGAGACUCUUUUUGAAAUCUGCCCUGUCCUGUUCUCUUUCUCCACUACCUCCUUACUUCUCUUUCCUUUUGUCUUCUGCCCAGGACUUGAAGAAAGCGUUCAUGAAGAUCCGGCCCAAGAACAACUCCAAGAAGCGUGGAGAGAAGCUUCCCUAG